AUGUUGCGCGCCACCUUCAUGUUGACAACCCUUUUGUGGCUCAUAGUGCCCACUUUUGCGUUGAACAUCCUCUUGACUUCCACCAGUUCUUGGGGAUCUACCAACGUACGUCAUCUCCAAAAAACCCUCCAACAACACAACCACACCGUGGUGUUGAUAGCCCCUGAAUUAUCCUCAGAGAUAAGUUCUGGCCCCGUGCCUGCAGCGGGAGUCAAGGACGCCAAGAAAGCGUUCCUUGACUCAUUAGUACAGCAGCCUGAAACAUCUUCGAAACUGAUUGAAAUUGGUGCACGUGUGUUACCACAAAGGGCAAAAAAUGUGGUAACCCGUGCUGAUGUGCAGGCAGCAGCCGCGGCAGCAGCAGCAGCAGCCAUGGGUGCUGCACCACCAAAAGACACCCAGACCUCCACUGAAGAUUUCGCAACCAUUGAACCAGUGGCCAUAAAUGAACUUUUCGGUAACGAUGCCAAUGUCCAAGACUGCUGGUAUGUUAAUCUGACUGCAGCCACGGCCUUACUUCUUGCCUAUGACGUCAUUCUCCCCAAGUACUACCCUGACUUUGUUCCAGACUUGGUGAUUGUAGGGCCAGAAUCUGGUGUUUUCAACACCCCAUCAACCCCGUCUCACAAACGUAUUCUUGGACAAGCUGCUCAUAUUCGUGAAGAAAUGGCCCAAUUGUCCAUGGUUAAGAAUACCCCGGUGAUCACCGUUUCCACCGCCGAUACCGAAAUCAUUCACUCGCUGGUCGAGGAAUUGACAAAGAAGGAUUCAAUGGUGGCCAAAAACAUUGAGUUUGUUAGUACCAAAGUGGUUGAAUUGAUUGACAAGUUGUUACAACAACAAAUCACCAAUACUUUCCCCGCCUCCGAGGGCAAGUUACAAAGACUUCUCCCAUCGCAAUUGUGGCUCAAUGUGAACUUCCCCUCGUUUCAAGACUCCACUCAAUGUUCUGUCUCCGGCUCCGUCCCAGGCUCCAGCUCCACUGCCAACAUGCCAGAAUUCACCCAAGUUUCCUUUGAUGUGUUGGACCCAGUGUCGAUUGUGCGACUCCCCAAGUAUCAAAUCUCCGAGUCGGGCGAUGUGGUUGAGGUUGUUGGAGAAUAUGGCAUCAACAUCAACACCCACGAAGUGACCCACCUCAACGAACCAGAAUCAGAAACCUAUAUAGACACUGACUCGUACUAUUACAUGUACAGACUCAAACUGUACCAGAAAACGCCUAGAAAUCCUCACCAAGACUACUCUGACAACGACGACUUCAAGACUUUGGUACGUGACAACGAGAUGGAAAUCGCCGUAUUGAGCGAUUGCAGCAUCAGUGUUGUUGCCAACAACUUGGAGACUUAUGGAUUGGAUAGAAAUGUUUGGGAAUUGGUUCUCUAG